AUGGUUCGCAUGAGUGUCCUCGCGGACUGCUUGAAGUCCAUCUCGAACGCGGAGAAGCGCGGCAAGCGCCAGGUGCUCAUCCGCCCGUGCUCCAAGGUGAUCGUGAAAUUCCUCCAGACCAUGCAGAAGCACGGCUACAUCGGCGAGUUCGAGAUCGUCGACGACCACCGAUCCGGGAAGAUCGUCAUCGAGCUCACGGGCCGCAUCAACAAGUGCGGCGUCAUCUCGCCCCGUUUCGACGUCGAGAUCAAGGACAUGGAGUCGUGGAUCAACAACCUCCUCCCCUCGCGCCAGUUCGGCCACCUCGUCCUGUCGACGACGUUCGGCAUCAUGGACCACGAGGAGGCGCGCCGCAAGCGCACGGGCGGCAAGAUCCUCGGCUUCUUCUACUAG